GCCCGUGCGCGCCGCCAAGUUUGCCUUUAUUCUCCCACAGGCCACAGCAGUUUUCGCCGCGGACGGCUCCACUUCGCCUCCAAGUUUCGCGGGGCAGGAGGGGCAGGGUGUGUGAUUGUGAAGAGUCAGAGGCGGAGCAGUCGGCGUGCGUGACGGCUCGGUGACGCGGUGGGGAUGGAGUACCGCGACAAGCUGGUGCUCGCGCCCAUGGUCCGCGUGGGCACCUUGCCAUUCAGGCUACUGGCUGCUGAAUAUGGUGCUGAUAUUACUUAUGGAGAAGAAAUAGUUGAUCACAAAUUCUUGAAAUGCGAGCGUGUUAUAAAUGAAUCUCUUGGGACUACUGAUUUUGUUGAGAAAGGGACUGACAACGUAGUUUUCCGUACAUGCCCACAAGAAAGGGGUAGGGUUGUAUUCCAAAUGGGCACAUCACAUGCUGUGAGAGCACUUAAAGCUGCUGAGAUUGUGUGCCAUGAUGUUGCUGCUAUAGAUAUCAACAUGGGUUGUCCAAAGUCUUUCUCCCUUAGUGGAGGGAUGGGUGCCGCAUUACUCUCCAAACCUGAGCUUAUACAUGAUAUUUUGACAACAUUGCGGAGGAACUUGGACACAACAGUGACAUGUAAAAUCCGUCUUCUGAACACACCUAAGGACACUGUGGAGUUGGCACGCCGCAUUGAAAAAACUGGUGUUCCUGCUCUUGCUGUACAUGGAAGAAAGAUUAAAGACAGACCAAGAGAUCCUGCUAAGUGGGAUGAGAUAGCUGAUGUUGUGUCAGCCCUGUCAAUUCCAGUUAUAGCUAAUGGAGAUGUCUUCGAGUAUGAGGAUUUUAAAAGAAUUAAAGAUGCUACAGGUGCCGCUUCUGUUAUGGUUGCUAGAGGUGCCUUGUGGAAUGCCUCUAUCUUUUGUGCCAAAGGAAAAACACCUUGGGAAGAGGUCAAAAGAGAGUAUGUAAGAAAGAGCGUAUUGUGGGAUAAUGAUGUGAAGAGCACGAAACAUACCUUGAAAGAAAUGAUAAUGCACUAUUCUUGCCUUGAGCUGCCUGAAGGGAAAGGUGUUAUAAAAUGUGACACUUCUGCAGAUUUAGCGAGACUAUACGGGGAGGAGGAAUACUAUAAUUUCGUUGUUUCGAAUAGGAAAUGAACGCAAUUUGAUGUUGUGAGAUCUCUUGUGGACCAGGGGGGAUCCAUCCUGCCAUCAAAGAACACGAGGUUAUUUGUUUUGGCGCUGUCUGGUCUAAGUCCACUGGUCCCGUGAGGAUUGACAAAUUGACUGUCUUCUUCGGGGCACUGGGGCUGUUGUUGUACUGGUAAUGGAUAGGUAUAUACCUGGAAUUAAAGAAAAAACACCAUAUUAUCUGAAGCUCAUACUAAUUUAUUUGGUACUAUAGAUCAUGAAAUCUUUUCAUGUAUUGUUGGUGGAAAUAUUAUGGUGUUUUUUUGGUGGUAAUUCAAGUAGACUUUGAUAUGUUGGCUGUAUUGUUACAGUCCGAUGGUGUAACAAAUAUUGAAAGUUUUCAUGGUAUAUCUUUGAUUUGCAAGCCUGGCA